CACGAAUUUGCUUACAACGCUUUUCUUGGAAGUUUGUAUUGCCUUGGACUUCGCUAUGCAUACUUCAACCUCAAAUUUAAUGUCCAGUUCGAAUACCAACAAAGCUUAUGGCUGACCCCAGCCCCGAGUCAGAUCGUGGUGGGCGUUACCGCGUGGCUCAAAACAAAAUAUCCGACAAGAUUGAAAUUCACCGUGUGAACGAGGUCUUACUCGGCCAUGUGGGCCAAGUCUCAUACCAUUCUGUGCGUGACGAGGAUGCAGACAUAGGGGAACUGGGCUUCAAUCGGGUAGUCGAAAACCCACCAUCAUUUCAGCAAUUGCUGCCCUCUGAGCAAUGCUUUGCCCCAACGAGGGCGCGGCCUGAUCUCUCACACGGAAGCACCUUCCAGGAUACCAAGUCUCAAAAGUACUGGCUGCUCAAGACCCAUCCAGAGGCUUACCUCGGAAACGUCAAUCUCAAAGAGACCAUAUCGGAGCAGCUCCGUGCGUCACGAUCGGGUGAUGAUGGCGUGGGAGGCCAACUGGGUUCAGUCCUCGCCGUUGGCGAGAUCUCAGACUUAAGAAGCACGUCCCAUCCGAAGCCAUGCCCGGCCGUGGCGAUGGCGGCCGGCGAAGGUGGCCAUGUUCUUCGGGUCUCCAUGAUCGCCUUGGAAAGAUGGUCGUGGUCCGGGUCAUCUCUACCGAUAGGGGCAACUCAGUCACAGUUUCAUGGAACGUGGAGCAGCGACGGAUCCUCCAUUUCUAAAAUUCAGUUCGCUACUAAGCCGAGACAACAUGACCCAAUCCGAUGGCUCGUCGCUCAAAAAUCAACGUCAACAACGAUUUUUCAACCAGAGAUUCGUGCGAAGCCUACAACUAGCGUGGCGCAUAGAGCGAUAUUGGACGACGCAGAACUGCAGCACAUCAGACUGGACCCUAUUGUUACACUGACCAAAGAUGUCACUGGAGGAAAUGCUCACUCUGACUUCUCGAUCAACGUUGGCUCAGAAACCGAGGCACCACAAAUUGCGAUUGUAGACAUGUCUGGGAACUGGUCGGUCUGGUUCCUCGAUAGCCAGGGCCAUCAAUACGGGGGAGGCGGCGUCUACACAGCCGUCCCCAAGAGCAGAGGAAGCUUCGAGCUUCCACUAUUGUCUCGGCCCUCCGAUCAAUUGCGCCACGCAGGAAAUCAUUUCAGGGUCUCCUGGGUCUGCAAGUCGGCAAAAGAUGAUGACUGGGAGCGAGAGAGCACCCCAUCGGAGGCCGCUGGCUCAAGAUCCCGGCCACUGCAGACUGACUACCUCACCGGCCAUGUUGACUCCAGCCAAAAGUACGAUGGGCUACUCAUCUGCGACAGCAGUGGCAUCCUCAUUUUGGACACUGAGGUAUUCAAAACUUAUUCACAUCUUGACUUCUCGAGGCGUCCCACCGCCGGCACGCUACUUGAAGCGCAAUCUAUCGAAGGAUGUCCGAACAAUGUUCUGGUUCUCACCACAGAACAGCUCUACGUGCUAAACAUAAGCAGUAUUGAAGACGAGGAACCAAGAAAACCGAACGUGCUUGUCUCAUCCCCACACUUCAGAGGCAAGGACAAACAAGCUUUGAAAAUGUCUGUGGCGAGAUUGCGGUCUUCUGCUGAAAGCACAGUUUCCCUCGUGCUGGUCUAUUCCAAUCAAAAUUCUCGUGUGCAGCUAUUUUGCCUGACAAUAUCCUCUCGAGAUGGGAGUGCAAGCUUUCAUCACCAGGUGGUGCACUUCCCAGGCUUGCGCACCAGCCUGGGUGAGCUUGCAGGAUUCGCAUCUAUAUAUGCAGUGCCUCUACGACGCUCUCUAUCAAUGGGCCGUCGUCGUGCAGGAAGCCAGGCCAUUGGUGCAUACAUGGAUAGCCACGAUACGCAAACAUUCCAGCUUUUUGGGCUGGGGAUCGACAUGAGUCUAAGCUCAUCAGUUGUCGCCAUUACAACCAGAGCUUCCCAGUGGCUCAGAAGGCCCGAAACAUCGGCAAAAGCCAAGCGAGAUGACACGAAGUGGAGGACAUCAUUGAGGAAGAGAGUGCUUCGAGAGGCCGCGGAUGCCCUCAUUGUUCCCGACGCAGUUGAAGAGGUCAAGCAGCUCGGUCGUCAGCGUGUGGCCCAAAACCUCUCGGCCCAAGAAUCGAUCCAGUUGAGAAAGUGGAUGAUCGAGCUCAUGAACGAGAUCAACGCCGGCUUCUUUGGGGCAUGCAGCCUCGGGUCUGAUGACGACAAUAGCGCCGGACCCUUUGGCUCCAUCGAAGACUUGUCAGAGAAACGAGAGUUGUACGAGUCUGUUGCAUUGCAGCCUCUGCUGAGAUUCAAGGACCCAUGGCACGCCCUAGAUAUCGCCAAUUUGGAAGCUCUGUGGAAUCGAGAUCUUGAGCGGCUAAAGAAAUCGAGCGACAUCCAGCUCACCCAUUGUAGUGCAUUUGGACCGACACUUGAUGUCACUGACUUCUUCGAGCGCUUUUCCAUCAAUUGGUCCAGCCGACUAGCAGCUGAAUCUCUAACAGCUACACAAUGGAGAUACAUGCAGCUUGCGCUAGAGAGAAUGGCUGCCGACGUGUACUUGUCAGGGAAGGGCGUCUACAUGGUGCCCCAAACGACCCUGGACCUCGUCUCGAGGACGAAGCCUAGGCUGGAAAGCAGCCAAUCCACAGUUGACGAGCUGUACGAAGAGACGCCAUUUUCCCGCGCUGGGUCAGAGAUGACAUUACCGACGCCUUCAGCAACACCGUCAUCAUCUCGAGCUACCUCGCAAGUUGCGGACUCGGUCGGGACACAGGAUACAGAUGAUGAAUCUGGGAGUGAAGACCCAGCAGUGACCCGCAUGCGCAUGUAUCUACCGUCGGUCAAGUUCAUCCCCCGACCAAAACAAGGCCAAAGCCGAAUUGUGUCUCUGUGGCCUGAACAGAGAGGCAGCGACCCCGCAAAUUACAAGUACUCGCGGCACGGCAAGGGCGCGGAUGGUCUCUCGGAAAGGGCGAGGCGCAGGAGGGAGAAAGAAGAGGAACGGCGGCGCCGGAAGGCCGAGAGAAAAGCACAGCUGGGAAUCAAGCUGGAGGACUUUGGCGACUCAUUCAGUCAGGCGUCUAUACCCGAUGAGAUUCGAUCGAGUCCGCCGCCUCAGCUGUUCGCGAAGAGCCAAGGACAUUCUCAUGGAUUUGGAUUUGGAAGUCAGAGUCAGGCCCAGAGCCAGAGCCAGAGCUUCGGUCCCUUUCAAACAAUGUCGCAGCCGCUUCGGGGUGAGUUCGGGACAAGGACCUCAUUACUGAAGAAAAACAGCAAGGGGAAGCCCAGGGCAAUAUCGGGAUUUAAGUAGGAUUCUCGAUACUGCCUUGGGAGGAGAUUUGAGCAUGCUGGAUAUAACCAUGCAGCAAAAAUGUCUUGGGCACAGUCCAGUUAGUUUUGAUUACACACAAUCACAAUCAGGAAAUCCAUACCCGCUUAGGUUAAAA